CGUGUCGCGACACGGCUGCGCCGCCAUCAUUGUGUCGUUAACUGGCGGGCCCGUUCGCGCGUUGAUAGCCCCGCAGGGCUGCAGUGUUCUGGCGACGACCCGUAGCGCUCUUCGGCAGCAGGGCGUGAAAUGCUUUCACGCUAGUGGCUCGCUGAACAUGUUGUUACCCACUGGACGCCUAAGCGGACAGUCUCUUCAUAGGUGACUGCUGUGGGGACAGCCUGAGAGCAUGGCCUCGGCGCCGCCCGCCGCCUGCAGCCGCGUGCUGCGGUGCCCUCUGCCACUGACCUCACGCAACCCCGCCCCCGCCUCCGCCAGCCACUGGUCACCGCGGCCAGCCCCGGCGAUCCCCUGAGAUGGCCGGCGCACCCCUGACCGCCGUCACAGUUGCCGCCGCCGUCUGUUACCCGCGACCACGCCACCAUGGCGGACGCAGAGGAGGCGCUGUCGCACGUCAGCGCCAGAGUGCUGAAGAACGAGCUGAUGCUGCACGAGGCGGUGAUCAAGAACGACGCUGAAGGAGUCCGCAAAGUACUCAAGGAGCCACUCGACGUCAACUCGAGGAACAACUAUGGUCGGGCUCCCAUCCACUGGGCCGCCUCCCGAGGCAACACGGAGAUCAUGGAGAUGCUCAUCGCCGCCAAGUGUGACAUAGAGGCCCGAGACAAGUACGGCAUGCGGCCCAUCCUGAUGGCGGCGUGGCACGGCCACAGGGACGCCGUCCAGAUGCUCAUCAACUGCGGCGCCAGCCUCGUCGCCGUCAACAAGAAGCAGUACACGCUGCUGAUGUGCGCGGCGCGCAACAACCGCGUGGACGUGCUGGAGCUGCUGCUGGAGACGCUGGAAGACGUGCGGCUGGACGCGACGGACGCCGAGCAGCAGACGGCGCUGUUCCACGCGGCGCAGGGCGGCCACGCCGCCGUCGUCCAGAGGCUGGCGGCCGCGGGCGCGCGCGCCGACGUCCGAGACAAGCAAGGCAAGACGCCGCUGCACAUGGCGUGCGAGCGCGGACACCUGGACGUGGUGGAGCUGCUGGUGCGGCUGGGCGUCGACACGAACGCGCAGGACGAGGACGGCAACACGCCGUUACACGUCGCCUGCGACGGCCAGCAGACGCGCGCCGCGCAGGCUCUGCUCGACGCCGGCUGCCUCACCGACCCCGAGAACAAGAAAGGCUUCACCCCGUUGCACGUGGCGGCCAGCUUGGGCUGUCGCGGCAUCAUCGAGUCCCUCCUGCAGCACGGCAGCUGCAUCAACCACCACGGAAAGAAUGGCAAUACGCCGCUGCACAUGGCGUGUCAAGCCAACAAACUGGAAACCGUCGAACUUCUCGUCAGCAAGGGUGCAGAUCUUAACGCGCUUAACGUGAGACUGCAGUCGUCAAUCCACAUCGCCGCCGAGCAGGGCUACACGGAGAUCUGCAAGCUGCUGCUGGCCGCAGGCGCCAACAUCGACCAACGAGAGCAGGGUGGGAAGACGCCGCUGUAUAUCGCGGCGAGGGGCAGUUUCACCGCGAUCGUCGACAUGAUCAUCAAGACCGCCCGGCUCGACUACCCGGCCAACACUAGAGUUGGUGCCAUUCUGCAAUACAACGGAUGUCCGGCGCCGACAGCGAGAGACCACCAAAUGAAACAGGACGCGGCCGACGAGGACGGUGAUGGCGCGGAGAGAGGGGGGCGCGGCCGGCGGCGCUGGCAGCUGAGCCGCGAGGAGGCAGCGACGGGCAACGAGCGCCUGCGAGCCGUCCUCUGGAAGGUGGCCUACAAGCAGCUGGCGCCCGGCGAGUGGAAGCGCCUCGCGCACCACUGGGCCUUCACCGACGAGCAGAUCAAGGCCAUCGAGCACCAGUACACCGGUCCGUCCAGCUACAAAGAACACGGCUUCCGGAUGAUGUUAAUAUGGGCGCAUGGCCUUGGCCCUGAAGUGAAUCCCAUCAAAGAACUCUACGAGAGCUUGACAGCGAUUGAUAAGAAAGGUGUUGCUGAUGCCUUACGGAAAAAACUAGACCAAGAAAACGAAGGAAGAUACAGAAAAUGUAGAAACUGUAACUCAUGCAGCAUAUCUUAGGCGUAAACGGGAGUGCCGUGGAUUUUAUAUUUCUGUCUUUUUAAAUUCGAGCUUCUUCAUCGUCAUCUUUAUUUACUGCUACUUCGGGUUUUCCACCAUAGACGGCUUGAAAUGCUGCAGCUAACUGAAAUAUUUUCAGUAUCUUUGCUAAGAGCGCAAAUAAUGUGUCGGCUGUAAUAAGUACGUUUCUCUUCGUGUCGCAGCGCAAAUCAUCCUUUCCGUAUCUGGUAUAUCUGCUGUAAAGAUGUUUUUAAUGAGAAAUAAUUUAUUACAGUUUUUCAGCACGCAGAGUCUAAUUUGUGUAAAGUCCAUAUUUCAUACUGUGAA